UAUAAGGGGUGGUUCACUGGAACAUUGUACUCCACGCAGUAAGAUGAAGAGACUGCUGAUUCUAACUGCUCUUUUUGUAGCCGUCUUUGGCAAAGUGACUUUUGAGGGACAUCAGGUUCUUCGGAUCACUGCAAAAGAUGCAGCACACAUCACUCUCCUGAAAGAGCUCUCUGCGCAGGAGGAUCUUGGUCUAGACUUUUGGAUGGAGCCCGUUCGUGAGUCUCUUCCCGUUGAUGUCCGUGUCCCAUUCGACAGUCUCCAGGCUGUCAGGGCUUUCCUGGCAUUCAAUAACAUCCAGUAUCGUGUCAUGAUCGAGGAUGUCCAGGAUUUGCUGGAUGAGGAGCGACAUUCGAUGUUAAAAUAUCGUGCUGUUAGUACUGAUGACUUUAUCUACAGCAACUACCAUGACUUGAAAUCUAUUUACUCAUUCAUGGAUAUGCUAGUGGACGAAAACAAAGGUCUUGUUAGCAAAAUUGUGAUUGGUCGGAGCUAUGAGGGCCGCCCUUUGAAUGUCCUGAAGUUCAGCACUGGAUCAGGUCGUCCUGGUAUCUGGAUCGACACUGGCAUCCACGCCAGAGAGUGGGUCACACAGGCCAGUGGAAUCUGGUUUGCCAAGAAGAUAGUGAAGGAUUACCGCAAUGACCGCAUCCUCAAAGCCAUCCUUAAGAAGUAUGACAUCUUCUUGGAGAUUGUCGUAAACCCUGAUGGCUACCAGUUCACCCACACCACUAACCGCAUGUGGCGUAAAACCAGAAAGCCAAACCCCGGCUCCAGCUGUGUUGGAGUUGACCCCAACAGGAACUGGGAUGCUGGUUUUGGAGGGCCUGGAUCUAGUGACAAUCCCUGUGAAGCGACCUACCGUGGACCCAGCCCUCAUUCAGAGCCUGAGGUCAAAGCCAUUGUGGACUUUGUCACAACUCAUGGCAAAAUCAAGGCUUUUGUGUCUAUUCACAGCUUUUCCCAAAUGCUUCUCUACCCAUACGGAUACACACAUACUCCUGCCAAGGACCAGGCAGAACUGAAUAUGGUCGCCAGAAAGGCUACCACUAAACUCCAGUCUUUGUAUAACACUCGCUACACUUACGGCAGCAUCAUUACCGUCAUCUACCAAGCCAGUGGAGGUACUAUUGAUUGGACCUAUAACCAGGGCAUCAAGUACUCCUACACCUUUGAGCUGAGGGACACCGGUCGCUAUGGUUUCAUUCUGCCUGCCAAUCAGAUCAUCCCCACUGCUCAGGAGACAUGGCUCGCUCUAAAGGUUAUUAUGAAGCAUACCAAGAAUAAUCCAUAUUAAAUAUACAACUAUAUGUUAAUAGUGAAUCAAAGUGGAUAAAUAAAAAUGUACUUAUCAUAUUUCCAUGAUUCCAGUCUUUGUUCCACAUUUUAGUGUAGAUUAUUUUAUGAAUCCGUCAAAAUGUAAGGCUGACCUUCAAUAAGUUUUUGAUGGAUGUUAAAAGGGUGUUAAAAUUAUAUCUGGCUGAUCUGACCCGUGAUGGACAGAAUUUUUGUAAACUUGAGAUGAUCGUUUUUUUACUUUUAUCUGUUUGUUUUCUUGUGCCGUUUUUUCUGCAAAGCUUGCUGUCCACACAAAUAUUCAAAACCGCAGCUUUUUCUAUGUGGGAGUACCUGGUGUUGUGCCGAGAAAUGCACCCCUGCCAGAUUAUUCUAUUUCAUUUUGAUUUCAGUGGAUCUUUUUAAAAGUGAAACAAUCCCGGGUAGUGAAUAAAAGAAAAAGCUCUAAAAAAUAUUUUGUAAAACAGUUUCGUAUUUACAGUUAAAUAGGAUACAAGACGCUAUUUUGUACAUUUGAUGUUGGGAUAAUUUUGAUCAAUUUUGCACAUAAACUAAUGAAGUCCAUGGCAGCUCGGGUGUAUGUUACCAAACAAGACAUUUUAUUUUUUUAGAUUGUGAAAUAUCUGAAUUUACAUAUUAGUUCAGAAGAGCAGGAAACAACUUCACUCAAAAACUCAUAGACGUGUGUUGGACGUAUAGAGGAAGCUGUGUUUACUCACUGUUGGUUGUAAAAUGGGUGUGGUGAUGUGGACCAUUUCUAACAGACUUCAUACGUUCCGCUUCUCUCCACUUUGCUGAUGUGCCUUGCAUUAAAUGUGAAAGACAACAUGUGAGCACUGUUAUCUGCUUCCACUGAAGUACUGAUGGUAAUAAAAAUAGAAU